CACAAAUCAGACUUUCACAGUUAGAGGGAGUCUGUGGCACUGAACCAGCAACAGGUGAGGUAUCAGUACUGUGAAAGAUGACUGCCACUGUCCUGAAAGACAAGAAAGUGACCGUUGUCACUGGGGCGACUGACAAUAUGAGAAUCUCGCCAACACUGCUGUGUCAAAUCUUGAAGAUGAUUUUCUGUCCUCCGUGCAGCUCGGUGCUCAAGGGGCUGCUGCAGACAAAUGUUACAACUGCUCUCGGGACUGUACAGAUCAUGGUGGGCCUGUUCAGCAUUGGACUUGGCCCAGGACGAAUGGGCAUCCAUGCUGAGGAUUUUGCUGGUACUGAAGUUGUUUGCUGGCUAGGUGGAGUGUUCAUCGCUGCUGGCAUCAUGUCCAUUUUCGCUGGCCAACUGCCCACUCUUGUCUUGGUGGGAUUUGCCAUGUUUCUGAACAUUGUCGGAUCGGUCUUUGCCAUUAUUAGCAUUGUUCUGCAUGGCAGAGACCUGGCAGGUCCCUCUGUCCUCAGCUUAUGUGACCGCUACGGGACCGAUGCUGGUAAUGACGAUGACGCCUGCAGAACAGUGGCAUCCUAUGCCCAGAAUAUGUUGACGGCCAUUGACAUCACAUCAAUUACUCUGGCUACUCUCCAGCUGAGUGUCAGCAUCAGCUUUGUUAUUAUGGCCGUCAAAGCUUUGAUCAAUAGGAAGAAGGAAGAGCAGGUUGAUGAAGAUGAUGAUGUUCUCCAACCAGAGAUGAAGGAUGUCCUCGUGACCUGUCCUGAUGUUUAAAAUAAUUUCAACAAAACACAUGUGUGCACGAGCAUGAUUAAGCAUCACAUCACUCACUGUAAUCAGAAAACAAUCAAAAGCACAUUAUAUUACAAAAAUUACCAGUCUUUACUUUUCAAAUUGUGAAUGUGGAUAUUAGAAUCAGGAGAUUUCACUGGGAGUAAACUUGUUA